CAUCACCACAUCCUCAGUCAGUAUAGUUACAAUAACAAGCAAAAUGGCGGUGUUUAACGUCUUUGUCCUCCUCGGUUUCACGGUUUCAUCGCGCGCGCCUCUUCUCGCCACAUUCCAUACCGCGCGCACGGCGGUUGUACACGCACAUGGCUCGUGUUGUUGUUGCUCCAGUGGUCCAAGUGAGCACCGAGCGGCUCUUCCUACUGGCUCGCGCGGGACAAGAGAAGAAGACGAGGCUGAAGAUUCUUCGACACAAUCAAUUCACAUAGAGAGAGACGAGAGAGAGGAGAAGAAGAAGAAGAAGAAGAAGAAGAAGAAGAAGAAGAAGAAGAAGAAGAAGACUCCCGACUCGAGCUGUCACACGAUAACACGCCCGCAGCGUGUUUUAAAUCGGAUAAAGACGAGGAGGACUCUUUAACCUCCGCAUGCCCGAGGGUCGCGUGUUUCCAGUGUGGCGGGGGAUCCGGGCCAGUAGUGGCGUCGGAGGCGGGUGGAGCCAGGGCUGGGCACGCUGCUUGCGAUGGGAGCCAGACAGUCCAGGACAAAGGCCCCGGAUCCCGGUGUUUGACUACCCGGUCUGGUUAGUCCUCUGUCGUGGGGGACGAGCCAGGCUCAUUGAGGUCUGUCAGAGAGGGAGGGGGGCCAUCAGACUGCCCGCAGACAUGCUCAGCAUAAAGCUUCCCGAGCUCUUUGACAUCCACCAGGUCCCCAAGGUGUUCAGGGAGGACAGCAUCAUCUCUGGAUACCGUCACCCGCGGAGCUCAGCGUUGGACUGCGUCCUGAGCAGCUUCCAGAUGAACAACGAGACGAUCAACAUCUGGACCCACUUCCUGCCAACAUGGUACUUCCUGUGGCGUUUCUGCCUCCUCUGCUCCACGCUAAACUUCGUGACGGACAGCUAUACCUGGCCCUUGCUGGUGUACAUGCUGCUCAUCUGCAUUUACCCCUUCACCUCCAGCUGCGCUCACACCUUCAGCACCAUGUCCCCGGAGUCUCGACACAUCUGCUACUUCUUUGACUACGGAGCGCUCAGCCUCUACAGUCUCGGUUGUGCCAUAAGUUAUGGAUAUUACGUCAUACCAGACAGCUGGGUGAACAGCUGGCUCCAUCAACAUUUUGUCCCCAUUGCCAUUGGAAACACACUUCUCUGCACCAGUCUGUCCUGCUACUCCAGGUUCCUGGAGCUGCAGUUCCCACAAAGGAGUAAAGUUCUGAGGACGGGAGCGUUCGUCCUUCCAUUUAUAUUCGACACCGUUCCUCUGUUUUACAGGAUCCUUCUCUGCUGCGGGGGAAGCUGUAGCUCGAGCGACGGUUUGUCCAGCCACUGUUACCACCUCCUCUUCGCCUUCCUCACCUGUUUCCUGUUUACCGCCCACCUCCCGGAGAGGUUGGCCCCAGGGCGCUUCGAUUACUUUGGUCACAGCCACCAGCUCUUCCACGUCAGCGCCGUGGUCGGGACUCACUUCCAGAUGGAGGGCGUGAUAGCUGACAUGAUAUCACGGCGGGCGACGCUCUUGACCCACGUAGCGCUGCCCUCCUUACUGGGAACCAUCGGGGUGCUGGUCAUCAGUCUCGUCCUCAACCUGGGCGUCAUCGGCAUUUUCAGCGCGCCGCUGCUGUGGAAACCCUGUCGCAGCUCCAACCAGGCGAGCGAGCGCAAGGAGCAGUGAGGGCGUGUUCUCCACCACCAGCCACACGACAUGGCUGAUUCACUUUCCAAAGGAAAGGUUUGGGCUGUUUGUCCUUUUGACUAUUAACAGCUCACAGUAGUGCUUGUUUAACACCGAUAGUUUUAUCAUUCAGAGAUGAAGAUUUUGAUACAUCUUCUUUUUUUUUUUUUUUUUUAACAACCUGACAUAUUUGUUCUCGUGCUCACACAGAAGCUGAGGACCCAGCCGCACUUGUCGAAGCCUUUUAACGGUCUGUUUAAUUUAUUUCGAAGGUUUCUUGAUGUGCAUGUAAAAAGGCUCUGGGUUGAAGGACGCAUGCUGACGUGACACGACACAUUUAAGUGCCUUAAUGUAGACCUGCACUUCAUAUACGAUGUUUACAGUAGAUCACUAUAAGGACAGGUUGAAAUCUCCAACUGGAAACGUUUAUUGGUGCAGUUUGCAGGGAUUAUAUUUUGGAUAAAUGAUGCUUCUGUUUUGCAUGUGCUCGGCCAGAAUCUCCUUCUUCUUUGUAAAGGAGUUAUUGAAAAUAUUCUCUGUAACUGGACUUCUCUGUGGGCGUGGACAUCCUUCCAUCAGCUCUACAUAAUAUAAUGCAGAUGGUGUUGCCGGCUCCUAUAUACCCACCUAUUGAUUCCACUCUGCACAGACUGGAAUUGAUUUGCAGGCCAGUGUGGUUCUUUUUCUGAUUGCUUCCCUCAUUAUGAACCCCACAAUCUGCCCUCAACAGGGGAAAAGAGAACAAAAAAACAAAAAAAACAAAUGUUACAGCACAGCGGUGGUGAUUAAAAGACAGGUACCAUUUUUAUAACCGUAAGUUUCCAUGGCAACACUAUAGUGGCGUCAUGCCCCCUGAAGGUCUUCAACAAUUUUUGUGUUCUGAGCAAAUGGCACCAUUUUUCCUCUUGUUCUUCCAUCACAUAGCGUUAGAUCUAUUUUAAACGUUUCUCAUGUCCAAUAGAAGAAAACAUGUUUCCAGUUGAGUCAAAUUUAAAACAAGUAUUGGUGGAAUUAAGAAAUAAGGAGAGAAAAAUAGUAUAUUUAGGGAUAGUUCGGGCUCCUAUUACUGUGGGACUGUAUAAACCAGUAACACUCCUUUUUUUUUUUAUAAUGUCGACUGUUGUAACCGUUUGUUUACCACAUAAAUAAUAGCUGUCGUAUAUAUUUAAAGAAUUGUAUUAUAUUUGUUGAUUGUCUGUCUGGUGCAAAAACAAGAAAGAAACACGAGGUUUUUCUUCUUUGGGGGGGAACUAGAAGUCCUAUAGAUGACGUAAUUAGAGUUCUUUAAAAAUUAACGAUAAAAAGUCGCCCUCUUAUCCAGUAACCUGUGACUGCUAGUGAGGUUUGUUUUCUUUAAACAAGUGAAAAAAACCUAGAUCACAGUCUUUAAAAGUUUCAACACCAGUCAGUAGUUUAGUUAUUUAUUGAAUUUAUUGAUUUAUUAACCAGUUAGCUGAUUGACAGAACAAUAAUGAGAAUUUGUUUUGAAUUUCAGUGAUUUUUUUUUAAGAUAAAAUGGCAAAAAUCUGUAAAACUAUAAUAGCCAUGAUAAAUAAACAGUCAAUUUAUAGUUAAUUAAACUUGAAUUAAUAGUUAUUUCACUGUCAACCCUAUCGGUGUCGUUACUCAAGUAAUGGCAAGUCAACAGUGAACGAUCUGAUUCAGCUACUAGUAACUAGCAGGUAGCGAGUAACUAGUAACUAAAUUUAUGGGAGGAUAAGGCAGCAGAAAAUGGAAAUAUACAAGUCUUCAGUUAUUAGUUACUUUAGUCUCUUUGAUUACUAACAAUCAGUAUCGGCUCUGAAGAAAAUACGACAGUCGAUCUCUCACCUCUACAUCAUUCAGCUAUACUUUACAUUUCAUUAAUGAAUUGUUUAUAAAGCAUUUUUAAUUGUUGGUAAGAAUGAAAUAACUAUUAACUGAAGUUUAAUUAACAAUAAAUUUAAGAUUUGUUAAUGAUGGUUAUUAUUCAGUGUUGCCAUUAAAUCAUUAUUCAUCACUUUUCAGGAAGAAAUUACCAUAUUUCACUGCUUUGUUCUCGAUUAUAUCAUUUGAUGACUGUCGAUUUUAUUUGUUAUUGUUUCAUUGAAAAAAAUGGCAGAUGAAAACAGUUUAAUCUCUUUAUUAUCUGUUUUUCUUUCUUUAUCUAUUUUUCACUUGUUUAAAGGAAACAAAGUUGUUGUUCUUAUUAUCAGAACUUAAUACUGAAACAAAAAGGAAUUGUUAACAUGUUAUAUAGUUCAUUAAUAACACUGUCAAAGCAGCCACAGCAGUACUCUAAUUAUGCAUUUAUCUCUGUAUAUACGGCCUAAAGAAUUACUGAUUAUUACCGAACAUCUCUGUCGUCGCACUAACAGACUGUGGGUACAGAUCUCAGCAAACGCUCAUUUUACUUGACAAACACGUGGAAGGCUCGUCUGUAUAAAAACACAUUUUGUGGCACAAACUCACAGCGGUAACACCACAACUUCGUGAACACAACACACGGGAAACACACGGCUAACAAACACACUCACACACGCUCACAGACGUCUUUUUUUUUUUUUUUUUUUUAUUAUUUUUUUUAGCUGUGCUGGUAGAGAGUUUAAUAAGAGGGGAAAUGUACGUGAAACUAGGGGAACGUGGUGUGUUUACAGGUCCGUGUCGGAUGCUGAAGCAGGAAUAUUGAAAGCAGGGUGAAAGAGUAGAACCACAAAGAGCACACACACGCACACAUAGACACACACACGCACAUUGUAUUGUAUUGUAUUGGUGUAGAGGAGUUGUUUAAGGUGUUUUCAAGGUCACUGUGCAGAGUAUAGCAGUAUAGAAGUCGCGUCAGCCUCGCAGACAAAACGGAACAGUAUUUUCCCUCAUUGUUGUUUCCACCGACUCCGUUUCUGUUUUAUCUCCGCCCCUGCCGAGCAUCGAUCGAUUAUUUUAUUUUCUCUACAGUCUUCAUCUUACAGCGCUCCUCACUUUGACCCCGCUGAUUCUUGGAAUUGCAUCAUUACGGGCUUCUGAUGUGGUUCUUUUUUGCUAUCGACCCCAAACUAGUUUGGAACUCAUUUAUUUCUGAGCCGCUGCUGUUUUUUUUUUGUUUGUUUGUUUUUUGUCAUCUCACUCGUUCUCAGCCUGUUGGUGCCUGGACUGUUUUCAGCAGCUUCACAGUUCAGAUGUGCUGAUAGAUCGAUACUGAUUCUACCUUUCUGGGUUGCAUUUUUUCCUUUUUUUCCCCUACAUUUUUAUUUUUACCAAUUUGUAAAUUCCAAGUCCAGAAAUUCUCCAGACCAGAUCACUGUUAACUUUGAAAGCUUGUUGGUUUACUCCUCAGUGGACAAGCUGAUGCAGGUUGUGAUUAUCAGGAAAACAGGUCACUUUUCUUGUUUCUUUUUUUUUUUCUUAAACAGUGUAUUGAAGGAUGUUCAGUAACGUGAGGGAGAGAGCAAAGACAAAUGUGGGAUCAAGUGUCAAAAAAAAGAAGAGAGAAAAAGAGUUACUGGUGCCUUUUUUUUUUUUUGAAAAAAAAAGAAAAGAAAAAUCUUUUAUAUAACUUUUUCUUUUGAUAUAAUUCAUUUGUUCCAACAACAAGCUACCCUUACAAUGUAUAAAUACUUAUUUGUUCUUUGCUGUGUAUAAUUUGUAAUUUGCUACUUUGUUCUACUAGACUUGUGUAAUAAAUUAAGCAUUUUAUAAAUGGAA